AGGUCGGGCACGGGCCGAGCGGGGCCGUGCCCCCAGGUGCAAUAAAGGUUAAACCGCGUUUGCCGCGCUGAAAAUGAUCGUAAGAUAAUUUCAGCGUUUCGGAAAGGUAACAGGUGGCGUGUUAACGGCAGGGCUGUUGCCGGCGGACCGUGCGACCGGGAUCCGGGCGGUAGUAGAGCGGUGCAUGGGCUGCUGUGCAACAUGGAGCCGGGGCGAUGCUGCAGCCUGCUUUCCUUUGAGCAGAUGGAUGCCGUGGUCUCACGCUGCCGGGCGAUGACAGCCCUCACGGCUCCGAAGCUGAGGGUGUUGCGGAGCGUUUCUAUCGCCUACCUGCGCCGUGUGAUCCGCGCUGAGUGCUGAGCGGUGUGACCCGUGCCUCGGAGCGCACCCGCACGCGUGUGCAGGGACAUUGGUGAGGGCAGGAACGUGGCAGGGCUGUUUGUGAAGCGGCUCGGGUGCUCGCAGGUCCAGAAACACCCGGCUUAAUCUCGUCGUUGACCCGAUGUAUUUUCUGAUUCCAGGGCUGGGUUUGGACGCAGCAGCUCUUAGUGAGCACGUGGCUGCCUGCAGUGUCGGCCAGGCGUGUGGCUCCCUGCAGCCCGUGGGACGGGCAGGCAGCAUCAGCUCUUGCAGGCCCCGCCGGCCUCGCAGGCCUAUAAAGUAAAACUUGAAGGCUUUCAAUUUCCAAAGGUGCUUUCCGUUGCCUGCAAAGCACCAUGGCUGUAUGGAUGGCUGCAUGAAUGGCUCCUGAGAGGGGUGCUGGGAUCUAGCAGGGCAGCAGCAGAUACCCAGCUGCAGGUGAGCCUCCAGGCUGACAGCUUGCUCUCUGCUUUCACCUGCUGACUACCUCACCUUUGCCUGCCCAUUGAGCUCAGGGUCAGGACCUUUCUGUUUUUCUCAAGCAGCUCACCAGAAAGCAGUUGUCCUUUGUUUUACAGUGAAUGAUGGGACCUCUAACUGCUUUCAGUCUUCCUCUUCAGUUCAUGUUGCUUGUAGCCCAGUACAGGCAAUGUCCAGUACUGAGACAAUAACUUGAGGUAACUCCACAGAUGGCUGCUCAGUGCUUUUGGAGCCAGGAGUUUUGCACAGAGUUGGGGAAUGUGUUCGUCUGUUUGGAAGCAAUGGACUUGACAAGCUUUUUAAGGAUCAUGUGGGGAGCUGGAUGUUUUUCCAGAAGACCUCAAUGCUUGGAGUCACACCUUUAAGAAGUAAAGAGGGAGAUAGAAUUUUGCAGAAGGUUCCAAAAUGGCUCUUUUCAUAUUCACGUUACAUAGUUGCACAGAGUGAUUUGUAUGGGCUCUGUCCAUGGGCAUUUAUUGAGUGAAUUAUACAAUGGAGCCUUAAUUUAUGCUGCAAACUUCUUCAAGUAAUACUAUAAAAUACAGAGAGGUAUUUGAGGAAGGCAUGCAACCCAUAGCUGUCAUCAGUGGAAAGUAAAUUUCUGCAGCUAUCCAAAGCCACUGCUGGCAUUCAUGCUUGUUAUACGGUUCUCUUACUUCCUUUGUCUUUCAUGUAAGUACCUUAGGGCACCUAUACACAGCACUGGCUUAUAGUUUACUUUGUGCUGAAAGGAUGUUCGCACUCUUUGUUGCUUUUACAGUAAGUCUUCAUGUUUCCUUGCUGACUUAGGCCAUCUUUGCAUUAUUUCUAUGCCAGUGUCUGCUUGCUCUGCCUCUUCCUCCCUGUGAAUGAGUUGUGUAGAAUGGUUCCUACAGCAUGCGUAAAACACAGCACAGAAAGUCAAGUGAUAUCUUGUUGCUUUUUUUUUUUGUAAUAAAAUUGUUAAUAAUUAUGCUUUCUACUACCUACAAACUGAACUAAAAAUAAAGUAUUCUGAUGUCAGAGGGCUUUGAGUGUUUCAGUUGAAAUAUUUCAGCCAAAUGCGUUAGCCAUGUAAAGGCAGUGCGUGUGUCUAAGUUGGUGAGGCAUUCGUUUUGUUCCCCUGCAAAAAAAAAAAAAAAAAAAAGAGAAGUCUGUUGUUUCCUUCUAAAUGUGGGGGUUCUCAAAAACAAAAAACAAAUGCAGACUGUUUCUGAUUGCCAGUAAGGAGAAAGAAAAUUCAGUUUUCCGGUGUCUUUUCUUCAUAGAAAUCACAGCUAACUACAGAUUAAGUGGAAGCUUGGCCAGAAAUAACAAAAAUAAAAAUUUCCACUCUAUCUGUUAUUUCUGAAUGGGUUGUCAGGGCUUGCUAGCUUAUUGAAAUGGGACAAAUCAGCUGGAGCCCUUCCUCUGAAGCAUUCUGGUGUUGCAGGAAACUGCUAAUAGUGUUCCAUCUGUUCUUGUGAUUUUAUUUUUAAAGAAGUCGUUGGGUUUUGUUUAUACUGAUAAGAAAAUGGUAGAAAUGCAGUCGGAUUCAUGCCUGUUCAGGUUUGAAUUCAAACCACUUUUUUGGUGUGUUCAGAUGCGCUGCACCAUGCAAAAUAGUCUUAUAGAGUAUGCUUAGAAUACGUUUGUGGUGGAAUUCCUAAUCAACAAGGAUUGCUAAUUGAAUCCAUGUUAAUAAUUAAAGCUAUGCAAGCACUGUUCAUUUGAGAAACCCGAGUACAGCAAAACCUAAACCUGAAUGAGAGCAAGUAAAGCUGUAUACCUUGUGAGACAGCGUGGGAUAGGGAAUGCAUGUAUGAAUACUAGAGUUGUGAAGGGCUUUGUCUCCUGUUCUGAUUGUGCGAUUUGUCCUUUUUUUUUUCUCACUGCAGAUGAAUGGGAUUUUAGGGUGGAGAGGAGAGACAGGAAGGAGCCUGGAGUCUUGUUUGGAAAUUGUUGUGUUAGUUUGUAUUAAAGUAGUGUCACCUAGAGGCUCCAGCCAAGAAUACAGCCACAGGGUGCUCCCACCCUGCACGCACACUCUGCUCGGGGCAGAGGCACAGGCUGGGAGAGCUGCCACCUGCCAGGGGUUCUUACAGCCGCCGUGUGCUUGGAUUGCUCUGCUUUUGGCUAUGUGCUAUAUAACUAUAGAGAUAAGAUCUGCAGAAUUUCGGUUUGUGUCACCAGGUGUGCGCUCCUCUCUACGUGUGCUUGGGUUGCAUAAGAAAUGAGAAAUGCUGGUCAAUGUUGUGUGGGUAAUCACCUGCUCUUAUUGAUGUCAGCGGAAGGAGUUGCGAUGCAUUUUGUAGAUUUAAAGGACUGUGUGGUCUGUGUGUGUGUCAGCCACCAGCCGAGUGGAGCGACUGUGGUUCGAAAGUACUACAGAUUGCUGCAAAACUGCACAGUUGGCUUCAGGGUAAGGAGCAAAGAGUAGUCACUGAGAGCCCAGUUCUGUGAAACCUGAUGUCAGUGCUUGGAGGGAAAAGGUUUGUUUUGGUUUUUUUUUUUGAGAAAGCCAACAUUUGGUGCUUUUCUUCAAUAGUUGAUGGAUUUUCUGUGUUUAAAAUAGGGAGUGAUUUAAAAGUGUAGUGGUUUAGACACCUGGGCUUCCCAACAAGAGAUGUGGGAAAUCACCAGGAAGAUACUACUUCUCCACAGUAUGUAAAGUACCAAUUCCCUCGGGAUGUGUACUUCACUAAACAGUCUGAAUCUCGCUUUCCUCAAUCAAUGAAGAUACGUAAACAGAGUAUCUGAUACACAUACAAUUGCUUUAAUGACAACUGUAGUUUUAGUUAUGUAAACAUAUUUUAAGUGCAGCAUUUCCAAAUAAUGCCUCAAAUCAUGUGAGAGCCACCGUAAUUCCCUAGCUUUUACUUGCUAUACGGAGCCCACUUUCUCUUAAGCUAUUUUUAUUAGAGCUAGCUGACGAUCUGUGUCUGAUGCAAGUCUGUAACUAUUCUGAAGAGGUUUGCCAUCUGAUUGGUUCUCUUUUUCUAGCACUGGGAAUUAAGAGAUGUGCCAGUGUACCUCUCUGGUAUUUGUGCUGUAUUACCACUGGCUUCAGUAGGUUUGCCAGUGGCUAAGAAAUCUUUCCUACUUACAGCUUGGUCACAGUUUCACUACAUCAUCAUUGAAGAAGUAUUUCCCUUCAUCUCCUCCUCUUUGUUCUAUGGCUUCUUCUGCUGUUUGGCCUUUCAUGCUGAACAGUAGCAUGCAAAGAUUCAUUAACGCUGUUAUAAAUUUAGUCUGUACUCUUUUAGUGGACUCCAGCUGAGGCUAAACUGACUCACUGUCCUCCAGGAUAUACUGAGAGACUUAAUUACCCUUGUACUGUUCAACAGGAACAACGUUGCAGGCAGCACUUCACUUGGCCUGGAGACAUCGAAGCUGCUUUGCCUACUGGCUGACAUUUUCAGGCCUCAAGAAAGGGAUGUCAGAAAUAUGCAGCCUUGUAUAGUAACAGCAGAGGUGACUGCUCUUUUGCAAAAGACAAUUGGAUUGGUCACGUCUCAAUAUAAUACUUACAUGGAUUUGCCUAUGAUGGUGGGAGUACUCCUCUGGGUUGUCUAAGGACAGAAAUGCAACUUAAAGGAGUGGAGAAAUGAAAGAGCAAGUUAUCCUGUAGCUAAAUGCUGUGUAUUUCAGCAUGUCUCACUGCUUAAAGCCAGAGAGACAUUCAUACAGCAGAGGUGCAGUGAGUGUCAUGUCCAGUGUAGCAAGGUUGGACUCAAACGCAUGUGUAGGAGGUGAUAGCCAGGGCGUUGUGUCAUGGAGUUCAAACUGGGAGAAUGCCAAAUAUUCCUCACUGCAGUGGCCGAAGGAAAACUUGUGUGAAGUGACAUCUAGCUCAAUAAGUGCACAUUAGGUGUACAAGUUGCUGUUCUAUGAAGCACUACCUGCCAUUAUUACAGAGUUGCCGUAAUUUCUGAGCUAAGUUCUGUGUUGGACAAUGUAGGAGUCACGUGGUUUGAUGUGUGCAGUGAAUGUUCCUCAACAAAUCUAUGUAUGGUCUUUUAUUCUGGCUUUCAUGUGUUAUGUUGGGUUUCCUAUGCCAGCAGCUUUCAUCAUAUGUCAACAAUAUGGCUUCUCGAGGUGACACUUUACCAUAAUGUGGUAAAAAUUGAGUGAUUUACUCUUCUUUAUAAUUAGAUGAAGUGAUUGCAUAAUCUGCGAGAAUCUAGCUCAACCUUUGACUAACAAAUGUUCUGAAUCUACAGUUGGAUGAAUAAUAGAUGAAUUCUUUUCUGUGUACUGUAAAGGAGAAUAGGAGAAACAUACUUUGGAGGCAAAGAAAGUAAAGAUAUGGGUGCAACUUCUUACCGUAAGCUAUGGCAUCACUAGCUCAAAGCAUGAGCGUGUGUACCAGCCACACUGCUUAUUUGCAUUAGAAGAGCCUUCAGUGACUCUGGUUUUAUCCAUGUCUGUCAUUACCCUUCUUACACUGUCUUUACUCCUGCACUUACAAAAUAUUUUCUUUGUCCCUCAGGUUUUGUUACCUGUUGGCAGCACAUCAUUAGGAAGUAUACAGAAAUGGCUGCAUGAUGGGUCUUUCCCUUACGACUCUGUUCCCUGGCAGCAAAAUACCAACCAGCCUCCAGGUUCCUUAUCAGUGGUCACCACGGUAUGGGGUGUGACUAAUACCUCUCAAAGCCAGGUGCUGGGAAAUCCAAUGGCAAAUGCUAACAACCCUAUGAACCCAGGAGGAAAUCCCAUGGCUUCUGGGAUGACUACCAGCAACCCUGGAAUCAACUCCCCUCAGUUUGCUGGACAGCAGCAACAGUUUUCAGCCAAGGCAGGCUCCACUCAGCCGUAUAUACAGCAGGGCAUGUAUGGGCGACCCAACUACCCUGGAAGUGGAGGCUUUGGUGGGAGUUACCCUGGAGGCCCCAAUACUCCCGCAGGGAUGGGCAUCCCGCCGCACACCAGGCCACCAGCUGAUUUCACCCAGCCAGCAGCUGCCGCUGCCGCUGCUGCAGUUGCAGCUGCAGCUGCUACAGCAACAGCUACGGCAACAGCCACUGUGGCAGCCCUUCAGGAAACACAGAAUAAGGACAUGAACCAGUAUGGACCGGUUUGUUCCUCUUUCCAGAUGGGUCCAACUCAGGCUUACAACAACCAGUUUAUGAACCAGCCUGGUCCUCGUGGCCCUGCUUCAAUGCCAGGCAACAUGAACCCAGCAAGCAUGGGAGCAGGAAUGACACCUUCCAGCAUGAGUGGGCCACCCAUGGCCAUGAACCAACCUAGGCCUCCUGGAAUGAGUCCCUUCAGUACCCAUGGGCAGAGGAUGCCUCAGCAAGCCUACCCAGGCCCGCGGCCUCAGUCUUUGCCUAUACAGGGCAUAAAGAGACCAUACCCAGGAGAGCCAAAUUAUGGAAACCAGCAGUACGGACCAAAUAGCCAGUUUCCAAACCAGCCUGGUCAGUAUCCCACUCCCAAUCCUCCAAGACCCCUUACAUCUCCCAACUAUCCUGGACAGAGGAUGCCAAGCCAGCAGAACACAGGGCAGUACCCUCCUCCAACAGUCAACAUGGGGCAGUAUUACAAGCCAUCAAGGCCUGUACCUGUGGCAAAUUACCCUCAUUCACCUGUUCCAGGAAAUCCCACGCCACCUAUGACUCCAGGGAGCAAUAUUCCUCCAUACCUGUCACCUAACCAGGAUGUCAAACCACCAUUCCCACCUGACAUUAAGCCAAAUAUCAAUGCUUUACCACCACCUCCAAAUGCUAAAGGGAAAGUUCAUGCUUUCUCUCCCUCUUCGAUCCCAGCCAACCACAAUGAUGAGCUGCGUCUGACAUUUCCCGUGAGGGAUGGUGUUGUGUUGGAGCCCUUCCGGCUGGAACACAACCUGGCAGUCAGUAACCAUGUCUUUCACUUGCGGCCAACUGUUCAUCAAACGCUGAUGUGGAGGUCUGACUUGGAAUUACAGUUCAAGUGCUAUCACCAUGAAGACAGACAAAUGAACACAAACUGGCCAGCUUCAGUCCAGGUCAGCGUUAAUGCAACCCCACUUACCAUCGAACGUGGUGACAACAAGACAUCUCAUAAACCUCUGCACCUAAAGCAUGUCUGCCAGCCAGGAAGAAACACGAUUCAAAUUACAGUCACAGCAUGUUGUUGUUCACACUUGUUCGUGUUGCAGUUAGUACACCGGCCAUCAGUUCGCUCUGUACUUCAAGGUCUACUAAAGAAACGCCUCCUCCCAGCAGAACAUUGUAUCACCAAGAUAAAGAGGAACUUCAGUAGUGUAGCAGCUUCCUCUGGCAAUGCGACACUAAAUGGGGAAGAUGGAGUAGAGCAAACAGCUAUUAAAGUGUCUCUGAAGUGUCCGAUCACAUUCCGGCGGAUUCAGCUCCCAGCAAGGGGUCAUGAUUGCAAGCAUGUACAAUGCUUUGAUCUGGAAUCUUACUUACAACUGAACUGUGAAAGAGGAACUUGGAGGUGUCCAGUAUGCAAUAAAACUGCUCUGCUGGAAGGGUUGGAGGUUGACCAGUACAUGUGGGGUAUUCUCAACGCUAUACAGAACUCAGAGUUUGAAGAAGUUACCAUUGAUCCAACUUGCAGUUGGAGGCCAGUCCCUAUAAAGUCAGAUAUUCACAUCAAAGAUGACCCAGAUGGCAUUCCCUCCAAAAGAUUUAAGACCAUGAGUCCAAGCCAGAUGAUCAUGCCAAAUGUGAUGGAGAUGAUUGCAGCUUUGGGUCCUGGGCCAUCACCUUACCCAUCCCUCCCACCUCCUCCGGGAGGCAACAACUCCACCGAAUAUGGAAACCAAGGUAACAGUUACCAAGGUCAUGGCAAUUUUGAUUUUCCGCACGGGAAUCCUGGUGGAACAUCUAUGAAUGAUUUCAUGCAUGGGCCACAGCUGUCACAUCCCCCAGACAUGCCAAGCAGCAUGGCAGCUCUCGACAAACCUCUCAGUCACCCUAUGCAGGAAUCUAUCCCUCAUCCCGGCAGCACUGAUCAGUCCCAUACUUCCAUGCAGCAAGGUUUGCACGUCCCUCACCCCAGCAGCCAGUCAGGGCAGCCAUUACAUCACAGCGGGCCUCCCAGCCAGCAGUCCCGGCAGCCGCCCCCGGCCGCUUCUGGCAACCAUCCACACAGUGACCUGACCUUUAAUCCCUCCUCAGCCUUAGAGGGUCAGGCUGGUGGACAGGGAGCACCUGACAUGCCGGAGCCCUCGCUGGAUCUGCUUCCAGAACUCACAAAUCCAGAUGAGCUGCUUUCAUACCUGGAUCCUCCUGAUUUGCCAAGCAAUAGCAAUGAUGACCUUCUGUCUCUCUUUGAGAACAACUGAACCCAUGUGUAUUUCCCCAUCCCUUUCACUUGUUCACACGUGUGGCUGCACAGCGAGGAAUCUUAACACUCCUUUUCCACAAAAGAAGAAAAAAAACACCUCACAAGUUGAUCCAGUGGUGCACUCCCUGCUUUCUUCAUCUCAGAACUGCUUUUGUCAGCUUCAAAAACUGCGAAAGUGCCGGGAGAAAAAAUACACAAAAAACUGCAGUAAUCUCAGAGUCCGCCGUGCUACGUGUCACAACAAAACACAGACAGUUGUGCAGCUAUUGGAAACCCUGUUUGUUGUUCAUCCUAUAGAGAGAGAGUUCUGUGAUAAACAUAGUGUGAAGUAUCUUGGCAAAAACAAAUCUUGGCAAGGGAAGAAAAGGCAACAAAAUGGAACUGUCUUUAAUUGACCUGUCUCAGAGUGUCCUUCCAAUGCGUGUUCUUCCAUUUUUUUUGAAACCAUCUCCCUCCACCCUGCUUCUCCUCUGUCCCUCUCCAAGCACAAGUUUGUUUUGGAGUAAUUUUUCUGGCCACACACAAAACGAAAAACAAAAACACAAACAAAGCUCCAGAAAGCACAAAUCGUACGGUAAAAUGGCAAAGGUAGGGAAGAAAUACGAGCCCAUCAAGAAGGUGAGAGCAGUUUAGUAAACACGUUGUCAGUAAUGGAGUCCUGAGCAUCUCCAGGCCGCAGCCGCGUGUGUUUGGACUUAGAAAAGUUCAGGAAUCUUAAACACUUCUUUGCAAAGGAUUCCUCUGUUCAAACACACACAUUGGAAACACAUGGAAAAAAUAAAAAAUACUUUCAAUGUUUAGGGUUUUUCUGUGGUUUGGUUUCAAAUCAUUACCGUUUGUGGCUGCGUUGACACCCGACUGUCGAGAUUGUUGUAAGUGGUCUUUUUGCCAUUUAAUCCAUACAGAAUGGAAAAGAGAGGGAGGGGGGAAUGCAAACCAAAACACUCUCAAUUAUUAACUUACAGCCUUUGCUUCCUGAGCGUUUGCAUCACUGUGUGUAUUGCACAACACAUAAUAAGACAGGCUAGGUCAAAGGCGGAUAGGAAAUCGUUGCAGGAUGAGGGAGAAUAACAUCACGAUCUGCAUAAUUAUUUUUCAUAAUCAGCUUGAAAAGGGGCAUUGAAAUUGAAUAGACAUAGCUUAUUUUUUGUUUUCCUUUCGUUCUGUUUUCAUGACUGUUACAAAUAAUUCAAACUUUCUUUUCUCCUCCUUCAGUUUUGUUUUUUAAACCUUAGGUACCAGGAAGAAAUUGUUCUCAUGAAGGAAAGGGCAUGGGGAGGAAAAUUGACUUGGUAGAUUGCUGCUGCCCUCAAGAGACCCUAAUGCCACAAUCACUGUCUUGCCCCUGUGAUCCGUGCUUCUCGUGUGGUUGCUUCUCCUGCAUGAGCUUCCUAUUGCUUCUGUGCCCAUUUCUGUGCUCUUUGUCUCUCUCUCUCUCUUUUAUAAAUUAUGUACAGUAGCUGUGUAAGAAGUGCAUGUGUGCCAACUUUGCCCUCGUGGUGCAACAUUUCAGCUUUUGCCCACUGUAGAGUUAUUGGUUAAUUUCUUUUUAUUACUAAAGCAAAUUUGACCUACUCUUUUCCUCAUCCCAAACCCAAUCCAGUAACUUUUAUUUGCUCGCCACAACGCAUUUUAAACUUAAGUGCCAGACAAAUUUUGUUUGUUCCCAUCUGUUUGACUAGAGUUUCCUAGCCCUCUAUGUUCAGUUUGCAAGCUGUAAAUGGCAUGCUAUGUGCUUACAACUCUGGAUUUGCUUUCCUCACCAAAGUCAUGUUUGUAAAUUCUUUGCAGUUCUUGUUUUAUUUUGCUCUUUGUUAACAUUUCCCACUACUGCUGUACAUGCGUCGUGAUAUAUAUAUGCUAGUCAGCAGCACCUUGCUGUAGAUAUUAAAGGAAAUGGCGGUUUAGUUCUUUUAUUUUCCAGUAGAAGUAUUGAAUCUGUCAAACAUAUUAUGUAGAGAUGGUCCCACACUUAUAUUUUUCCUGUUUCGAGUUUUUUUAAGAAAGGCGCUGUUCAUUAUGCAAAAUCAAUUAUUUUAAGAAUUGCUAUUGUAAAUAUCUUUGUGAAUAUUUUAGUAUCGUCUUUGAUAAUAUUCAACAUUUUCAUGAUCUGAUUAUACUUUUGCUGGUGUUUUUAAAUACCUUGUCUGAAAAAAAUAUAUGGGUCCUUUUUUAACAAAACAAAAAAAAAAAAACAAAACAUUGAGGGUUCUUUAACAGAAUAAGGGAGGUUUUUUUUUCCUUCCCCCUCCCCGCCCCCUCUCCCCUCCCCCAACCCAUUUUCUUUUGAAAAAUUAGCCCAAACUUCAUUUCUGUUUACCUGAUGAAUGAAUUGAUAUGUCAGACAGUACCUGGACAAUCAGGGCCCAGCUCUGUCAUGGAAACACAGUAAGAAGUGAUUGCCUAGGGCAAAAAUCCCAUCACCCAACCAACUGAUGUUCCCUGCCCGUGUGGUGCCUGUGGGCUGGUGACAGCAGAAGUUUUGUCCCUUUGCCCCAAUGAGCAGGACACCUAGGAGCAGCUGUCUGAACGGGUGAAGAAGCACUAAGGCAAGCAGCGAGUACGUAAGGUACCGUAUUUAUAUCACUGUGCUGGUGUUCCAGCCUGCAGAGCUGGGCACACUAACACGAAGGGAUGCUGGUGGGUGGGGAGGGAAACAGUAUAGUACACUUUAUUCUGCUUAGAAGUGUCUUUUUUCUUAUGUAGGCUUGACAACCUGUAGAGGAUCUCUGCAGAAUAUUAAAGAUACCUUGGUAUGAUACAUGGUAACAUGGUUGUGGUGUGGUGCUGCUGCCACGCCAACGCUAGGAAAGACCAUUCUUCAGUUACAGAUGUGUUUUGUAGCCAUUUUACUGUAGUAGUUUUCCCCUGUAUUUUUGCUGCAUUGUUCAUAUAUGUAUUGAAGUCAUGUUCAGGGGUGGUGAAUGAUAAACUGACGUUAUGCCCUUAGAAUUUUGUUUUGUUUCAUUUUGGGGGAAGUUUCUUAAGCCAUAGGUUUUGGAAUAAAGAACAUUUCUCAGUACUAGAUGGAAUGGGUUGCUCAGAUUUUUUAAUUGAUUCUAUUUAAUCCACUCUCCAUUGUUUCCUGAGCAGCUAAGUUAGCCACCUGAAAUUGUUUUUCUCUUAAACACAACGUUAGUAUUUUAAACCAGGUAUGUUAAGAAUUGACUUUUUGCUAACCGGUAGUAUUUAAAAUGUAUCAUCUGAAAGUACCUGCUGGAAAGAAUAAAGGGAAAAAAAAACCCACAUAGAUAUUAGCAAUAUGUUUGGAGCAGUGUUUGCAUCUGCUUUGUUCAGUAAUAGAGCAUUAAAGUGGAUGGUUGACACGUUGGAGCUUAGAGAAGCGUUUGGUUUCUAAGCAGAACUUACGAUCGAAAACACGAUUUUUACCCAUCACCCAAAUGUUGGACAUACGAGACAGUUUUGAAACUAUGUCAGCUAAAAUCAGGUACUGUAUAGUAGAUUCAGUAUGGAAAAGCUUCUAAAUGAAAAUUUAGUUAUUUUUUUAUCUGUUCACUGCCGUAUUAAAGUUUAGAGGAAAAACCUAGCAAAUAGGGUAAUCACAGUCAUUUCUUUUAAAGCUUAAUUAUUGUAUGAAAUUCCAGUAGUAUUUUUAUUCUUCUUUUUUUGUUUGCUUACUUUUUAAUUGUUUCCCUAUGGAAGUUCAUCUGGGAAAGAACCCACAGAAAUCUACAGUUCUGCUGGCAAGACAUUAUUAUAGGACUGACAGAUACACGCCAAUGUCUGCAGCGGAGACUCAAGGGACAUCUGUACAUAUGUAAAUGACAAAUAGAGACAUGUUAACAGAAAUGCAUUCAUUUUCCUUGGAAUGUGCAUUGUUUUUAUUUCGCAGGAAAAAAAAAAAAAAAGCUUGAAGCUCCAUCUUAUGUGGAAAAUGAAUCCUGUUUGUUAGCGUUUGUGGAGUCUCGGCAUUCGUUUCACUUUCACUUCUGUAAUAUACUCUGAUCCUUCGUUUUGUUUUGUUUUAUCUACAUGUAAUAUUUAGCUUACGUGUACUAGUCUAUCACCUGUGUAUUUUUAGGGUGCUACAGAAAUAAUGAAGAAAAAUAAGGGGAUUACAAAAAAAAGUAAAUUGUAACCAAAUUCAUACUUUGUACAAUUUUUGAUAUCGCGAUUAGAGGGGAAUUAAAAAAAAAAAAAAAAA